AUGCCAUUUUAUGAACACAUGGAAAAGGGUAGCUUAGGAGAGUUACUUCAUGGAGAAGCUUCCUCUAGUCUUGAUUGGUAUUCCAGGUUUAGGAUUGCUCUAGGAACUGCACAAGGACUAUCUUAUUUGCACCAUGAUUGCAAGCCGAGGAUUAUCCACCGCGAUAUCAAGUCCAAUAACAUACUUAUCGACCAUGAAUUCGAAGCUCAUGUUGGUGAUUUCGGUUUGGCUAAACUUAUCGAUAUCUCAAAGUCGAAGUCAGUGUCUGCAGUUGUUGGCUCUUAUGGCUACAUUGCCCCUGAAUAUGCAUACACAAUGAAAGUCACGGAAAAAUGUGAUGUAUACAGCUAUGGAGUAGUGCUACUGGAGUUACUAACAGGGAAGAAGCCAAUCCAAUCAUUGGAUCAAUGUGGUGGUGAUCUUGUAACAUGGGUGACAAAUCAUAUCAACAAAUAUUCAUUGAAACUAGACAUCAUUGAUGCAAAAUUGGACCUACUAGAUGAAAUUGAUGUUGCUCAAAUAUUUGAUGUCUUGAAAAUUUCUUUACUUUGCACCGACGCUUAUCCUUCUAGACGACCGACCAUGCGUAAGGUUGUUGCAAUGCUUACAAUUUCUAGUAAAAGGAAAGAGCAAUCUUUGUUCUCUCCAUGUCAUGAAUCAAUAAGGACCAGAGGCAAGGACGAUUCUAUUGCGGGACGGGCCAGCGAUAGAGUCGAUGCUCUUGCUCGAGCUGCUGAUGAGGCACAGGUCGCAGAGCUACGUGUUGGAUGCCUUCCUCCGACCAGUUCUAAUCAAAAACAGAGGACUGAGCAGCAGGCGGUGGCGGGGUUCCUUGCACCUCGCCACCGGACUGGUAGAGCAGCUACUGCUAUGGUUGAGGUUGAGGAGUCGGUGGCUACGGUCGAGGAGACGGUGGCUGAGGUUGAGUUGCCGGUGGAAGAGGUUGAGGAGCGUCAAGUGUUGAAGGUCGCUUCUCACAGGUCAAAGUUGAAGAACUUCCCCGAGUGUCAGAUACCUGAGCAGGUGAGAAGGAUAGUUCAGGAUUUUCAUGUGAUGGACUUUGUUGGAUGCUCGUUGACGAUGUUGGAUGCCUCUCUGUUAUCAGCUUCUGUUGAGAGGUGGCACCUAGAGACAUCAUCCUUCCAUCUUCCAUUUGGGGAGAUGACGGUGACUUUAGAUGAUGUGGAUGCCCUCUUUCACAUUCUGAUUGCUAGUACAUUUUUCACACCAGUUUAUAGGGACCAGGCGACGGCGGUCCUCAUGGUUAUGGAUGCGUUGGAGGUUGAUGAGGUGGUGGUGUUGAGUGAGUUUGGUGAGACUCGGGGCUUUCACCUUAGGAUGUCUUGUUUGAGGAGGAUUUAUCAGGAGCUUGUGCAUGCAGAUAGGUACCAGGCUGUCGCUAGGGCGUAG